ACAGUGUCAUAUAACUGCAGGUUGUUAAAUCAUCACCGCAUAUUAGUGAUCAGUCUACAGAAAUAAAAUCAUUGCUAGGACAUUUUCUUUUCUCAUCAAGCUUUUUAUCAAGGUCUAGUACACUGUUAAACACCACAUUUAGUAGUUGUACUUCCUUUUUGUAAUGUUUUGCAUUGAAGUGUUGGGGCUUUAUAUUUAGACUUCCUGCUAAAGUGGAAAGUGGUUUCAGAAAAAAAUAAAAUAAAAUCUGUUUGAUCGUUUCUGUGUGUAUAGGUUUUAAGUAUAAGAAUAAAAGUUGUACCAAAUGGAUGGAAACUCAUUAUCAUCACUGUCAGAGGAGGACUCUUCAAAACCGCUUUCUCUCCCAAAAGAGACCAAGGAAGAAAGAACAUCACUCUGUUCAGGACAAGUGGAGGAUUUGGCCCAAACACAGGGACACAUCUCUGGAGAGGAACAGUUUACAUUAAUCACAGAAAGUAUGUCCAUCACAUCUGGAGACCAGGAGAAACUUCAACUCCUUAACAAGAACACAGAGCUUCGCAGACUCAACAAAGAGCUUAUGAAGCUAAAUGAGGACUGGGACCACAUCUACCGCAGCACGAGUGCAAGCCUGCAGCAGCAGGUGGCAAUUCUAGAGCAAGAAAGUUCGGCCCUCAAGCAACUCAACAGCAGACUCCUGAUCAAAGUGGAACAUGUACAGAAUAAAAGUAACUACUUUGAACACACACUGAUGCAAGAGCUAAAGAAAAAUCAGCAUCUUCAAGAGUACAUCUGCCUCCUGGAGAGCCGUCUUCAGCACACUGAUACCCUGAAAGACUGGGCUUUAGGGACCCAGAACAUGUCAGCUGUUAUCAGUCCACCAGAGGUGCAUAUCUUGGAGCGAAGUCCCAAAUCUACCACUUCCACUGCUCCAUCUUUGGAGCUCCAUCACAGGACUAGAUCCAUCCAAGCACAUUCAGAGAGUCACAAGAAGCAGAAUGAUGCCAUUAAAGAAGUUCAGGACCUUAAAGAUCAACUGGAAGCCUUGAGGUGCCAGACUAAAAUCUAUGAAGCAGACUAUAAAAUUGAGCACAAGGACCAUGAACGCAUGCUCCAAGAGAACAAGAGGCUCCGGCGUCGUGAAGGAGAGAUGCGGCAGCAGAUGGUACUGUUGCAAGAACAGCUAAAAGUGUAUGAGGAUGACUUCCAGAAGGAGCGCUCAGAUAAGCAGCUCCUGCAGCGGCUUCUGAUGAAGAAAGCUCCAGUGGGGCAGGAGGCGGCACUAAUCCACCGCUGUAAUAAUGACCAGGAGAAACCAAGAGGAGAGAGAAGAAGGAUAAGAGAGGAACAUAGUGGAACAGCUUUCAUGUGUCCAAGACACUGUGAGAACCGCGGGCACUUAGAGUGCCCCUGAGACACACACAGGUUCAGCUCUAAAUGUGGUUGUUUCUAAGGCUCAAUGCUAAAAUUGUUACUAUUUUUUAAAUUGUUAUUAUGUAUUUAUUAGAGUCUUUAACUUUUUUCUUGAAACGAAAAUAUGCACACAUAUGCACAAGUAAAUAUGUUGCCAGCUUCAGCAAAGAAGUAUUGUUUGUAUCUAAAGUUACAGUACACACAACAUUUUGAGCAAUAAUAUUUAGAUUUGAAAAUGUAUUUAUCUGAAGUUUACAUUUAGUUUUGUGUGACUUUUGCUAUGCAUGAAAUUUCAAUUUCUCUCUUUUCUUUAUUAUAAGAGGGAUGCUAUUGAAUAUCAUUUCUGUAUAAAAAUAUUGCAGAGUUUAAAUGCUUUUUUUUUUUUAACUUGCCAAAGAAUGCAAUACUGGUUAUCAAUAUGGAGAUUGCCACACACAAGUGCUGCAGUAUAUACCAUGAUGAGAAAAUCUGAAAUGAUGACACGAUAUUUUAAUACUGCAUUAAAUGUGGUACAUUUCUUGCUA